GCUCAAAAGGUGGAAACUGGAAAUUACCCGGGCUUGCUUGCCCGUCAGUAGCACUGGGUAGCCGAAGCCCUAUUAGGUCGGGUUCGGUCCAGGCUAACCCUGAAUGUGGUCAACCAUGGCCAAUUACUGAAACCUCUCUAAAGUCGCCGAAUCGAACUGUGGGGCGGUCGAAGAUGGCGACGACGCCGAUGGUGCCGCCGAACGCGGCGGCCGGAAACCCUAACUUCGAGGGGAAUCAAGCGGCGGCGCCACCACCUCCGGGAACGGACAUGACCGGAAUAUGCUUCAGGGAUCAACUUUGGCUCAACUCGUAUCCGCUCGACCGAAACCUGGUGUUCGACUACUUCGCCCUCUCUCCUUUCUACGACUUCUCUUGCAAUAACGAGCUCCUCCGCAUGCGCUCCAUUCAUCCUCUCGACAUCUCUCACCUCUCGAAAAUGACAGGCACGGAAUUCAUGCUGAGCGAAGUUAUGGAGCCCCACCUCUUCGUCUUUCGUAAGCAGAAGAGGGAUAGUCCUGAGAAAGUCACACCAAUGCUUACAUAUUAUGUCUUGGAUGGUUCUACAUACCAAGCACCACAACUUUGUAAUGUUUUUGCUGCCCGAGUUGGUCGGGCUUUGUAUCAUAUCUCGAAGGCUUUCAAUACUGCAGCCUCAAAACUAGAGAAGAUUGGAUAUGUAGAUGCCGACAAUGAAGGUGCAUCCUUUGAAUCUAAGGUGGGAAAGGAGACGAUUGACUUUAAGGAAGUUAAGCGAAUGGAUCUUAUUCUUGCUUCAUUACAGCGCAAGCUACCACCCGCCCCUCCGCCACCACCUUUUCCAGAAGGAUAUGCACCUCCUCCUACUGUAGAAGGAGAGAACAGCUCUGAAGCUCAGCAAGGAACAGAGGCCCAAGUCCCUCCAGUUGAUCCAAUUAUAGACCAAGGCCCACCUAAAAGAAUGAAAGUUUGAGAUUAGAUACGUACGCCGCUGACAUUUCCCGAUAGAGUGGGUUAUAUGGAUGGAGGAAAAAAGUCCUCACUCAUUGAAAUUAUCCAUUUUAGUUUCUGGCCUUUGUUGUUUCAGUACUUUUCAUGUAUAGUCUCGACUGCUUUUUAAUGUUCCUCAUUUACCAGUUGAGGUGCAGCUUGAAGUCUAUGCUGCGGGAAGUUAGAUAGGAAAUGAUGGAUGGAUGUAUCUAAUUAAUGGUGCUAUUCGAGGAUAUUUUUCCUGUGAAAGUAACAUUCUGCUCGUGGAUGUUGUACU